AUGUCGAAUCUAACUUCAGAUGUGGAGCAGAAGAAUCAUCAGCAUUGGAAGGAGGCUCUUAGAGCUAACAGAUCGUAUAUGCAUACGCAGUUUGGUCAUAAGGGAAAAGUAUCUAUUGGGAACUCACAAAACCUAACCUCACUCUCGUCGUCUUUAGCAACCAUGUCUGAAAUCAAACUCAAGAAAUUAGUAGAACUCAAUCAACGUCUCAAAGAACAACUUGAUUUGAACCGUAUCCCUGUCUCUGAGGCCAGCUCAAGUCUCAUCAAAUACAUCACAUCAACAAAAGACUCAUUACUCCCAUCCGUAUGGGGUCCAGUCGACAAGAAGGAUGAUCCAUAUGCAGCUCCAAGUGGUCCUUGUGGGGAUUGUGUGAUUUUUUGA